AUGAGUAGUUCUGGGGAACAGUUAACCCUUGCCAGGGACAUAAAACGGGCUAUCGAAUUGCUCGAGAAACUUCAACAGAGUGGUGAAGUUCCUGCUACGAAGCUUGCAGCAUUACAGAAAGUGCUACAAAGUGAUUUCUUAAAUGCUGUUCGUGAAGUGUAUGAGCACGUCUAUGAGACUGUUGACAUCCAAGGCUCAGCAGACAUCAGGGCUUCCGCGACAGCCAAGGCCACGGUGGCCGCGUUCGCUGCUGCUGAAGGUCAUGCACACCCAAGAGUUGUCGAGCUACCGAAGACGGAAGAAGGUUUAGGUUUCAACGUAAUGGGUGGGAAGGAACAAAAUUCACCUAUUUACAUAUCACGAAUUAUUCCUGGUGGUGUUGCCGACCGUCACGGAGGCCUCAAGAGGGGCGACCAGCUGUUAUCUGUAAAUGGCGUGUCAGUGGAGGGAGAAAACCACGAGAAAGCUGUAGAAUUGUUGAAGCAAGCAGUUGGCUCAGUCAAACUGGUGGUGCGAUACACUCCGAAGGUCUUAGAAGAGAUGGAAAUGAGAUUUGACAAGCAGAGGACGGCUAGACGGCGCACAAAUUACAACUAA